AUGACCCUCAGAUUCUUCUCUCUCUGUCUCUUCCCUCUCUCUAACUAUCUAUUCCCUCUCUCAGCCUAUGUGUUGCAGGUGAAGGUGGAGAUGGAGCUGGAGAUCCUGCAGUGUGAGAAGAUCAAGGCUGUCAGGGAGGAGCAGUUGGAACGACUCACACAGAUCUGCCAAGAGCAGGCAUUUGAGAUCAGACAGCUCCGGGCCCACCUGGCCCAGCAGGACUUGGACCUGGCUGCAGAGCAGGAGGCUGCUAUGCAGAUUCACCAUGUGUGGGGCAAACAGAGGAGCAGCUACCAGGUGGUGGAGAGCCAGGGCCCUGGGGAGUCUGACGAUGAGGGACAUGGAGUCCUCAGGGAGACCCCAGCAGAUCCUGUUGUCCAUCAUGACGACAUGAACAACUAUAUCAGCCAGUACUACAGUGAACAAAGUAGUGACAUGGGGGGUCCUCGUGUCAUCACUACGGCAGCCAUCGAUGUCCACCUCCCUACGACCCAUUACCCCGCCCACAACAACCCUCUGCUGGACGUGGAGCAAAUGAGCAGCGCUGUGAGUGACACGUCCACCAGCGUAUCACGGUCCAGCAGCAGUCUGACGGCCCGCCCCCAUAGCCUGAGCAGCCACACCCUGCGCUCGUCUACUACGGACUGCAGCAGCAACGCCACGGCCAGGGACUACCACACCCAGGCUAGGAAAUACAAUUCCCAUACCAAGGCCCGGGGGCCUUAUCUGGACUACAAGUCCCAGAAGCAGACCCAGGACAGGGACUUUAACACCGAGCACUCCAACACCCAGGACCAGCGCUGCUUCCCCCUGCCCUACUGCAGCCCUCUGGGCCUGGGUCUGACCUCAGCCCAGCCUCCCCUUCCACGGGACCCCAGCGUGGUAGUCCAGGAGCUGCUCUCGUCCUUGUCUGAGGACUCCUGUCUGGCCCAGAAAGGCCUGGUGGACCCAGUUAACCUGAAGCUUCCCAGUCCUGCCGGCUCAGCCAAGGCCAGCCCAGAGCUGGAGCACAGAAUCAACAUCUACAACUGGAAGAAUCAGGAGGAGAACCAGUACCAGAGCCGGGGCCAGAGACAAGGCCGAGCCGCAGCCACUGUGCUCCUACAGACUAAGCCUCUCAUCCACCUGCAUGGCGGCACUCCUGAGUCCUCUUUGGAGGAGAAGUAUAGGCUACUGGGCCCUGCUGAUGGUCCACUGGGCCGUCUGCCUGAUACAUAGGGUUGAUUCACACUACUGAGCUAAGCCAAGCCGAACUGAGCUGCAUUGUGCUGGCCUGGUUAUGCAUCCACCAUAGUUGUUUGAACCGUGCUGGAAAGGACAUGUGAAAAGAAUAUGUCAGAGCCAGCACUGGUUGGCUCGGGUCGGCACAACAGUGUGAAAAGGGCAAUAGUUCAUCCCAGAGGACAGAGCAUACAGCUCAAGACAGAACUGACUGACGUGGCUUCUCCAAAUCCUCAUGCUUCAAACAAAGUCAGAGCCUGGUCCAAGAUCAAACCUGGCGUUACAAAGACCAUCUGUUAGCAAGACAGCACAAACAGAUCUGGGGCUAGGCUACAGCUCUCAUGUUAGUCUUCCCUUCUCUGUGGGGCUCCGGACAGAGACAGACAGACAGAUCUGGGGCUAGGCUACAGCUCUCAUGUUAGUCUUCCCUUCUCUGUGGGGCUCCGGACAGAGACAGACAGACAGAUCUGGGGCUAGGCUACCGCUCUCAUGUUAGUCUUCCCUUCUCUGUGGGGCUCCGGACAGAGACAGACAGACAGAUCUGGGGCUAGGCUACCGCUCUCAUGUUAGUCUUCCCUUCUCUGUGGGGCUCCGGACAGAGACAGACAGACAGAUCUGGGGCUAGGCUACCGCUCUCAUGUUAGUCUUCCCUUCUCUGUGGGGCUCCGGACAGAGACAGACAGACAGAUCUGGGGCUAGGCUACCGCUCUCAUGUUAGUCUUCCCUUCUCUGUGGGGCUCCGGACAGAGACAGACAGACAGAUCUGGGGCUAGGCUACCGCUCUCAUGUUAGUCUUCCCUUCUCUGUGGGGCUCCGGACAGAGACAGACAGACAGAUCUGGGGCUAGGCUACCGCUCUCAUGUUAGUCUUCCCUUCUCUGUGGGGCUCCGGACAGAGACAGACAGACAGAUCUGGGGCUAGGCUACCGCUCUCAUGUUAGUCUUCCCUUCUCUGUGGGGCUCCGGACAGAGACAGACAGACAGAUCUGGGGCUAGGCUACCGCUCUCAUGUUAGUCAUCCCUUCUCUGUGGGGCUCCGGACAGAGACAGACAGACAGAUCUGGGGCUAGGCUACCGCUGUCAUGUUAGUCUUCCCUUCUCUGUGGGGCUCCGGACAGAGACAGACAGACAGAUCUGGGGCUAGGCUACCGCUCUCAUGUUAGUCUUCCCUUCUCUGUGGGGCUCCGGACAGAGACAGACAGACAGAUCUGGGGCUAGGCUACCGCUCUCAUGUUAGUCUUCCCUUCUCUGUGGGGCUCCGGACAGAGACAGACAGACAGAUCUGGGGCUAGGCUACCGCUCUCAUGUUAGUCUUCCCUUCUCUGUGGGGCUCCGGACAGAGACAGACAGACAGAUCUGGGGCUAGGCUACCGCUCUCAUGUUAGUCUUCCCUUCUCUGUGGUGCUCCGGACAGAGACAGACAGACAGAUCUGGGGCUAGGCUACCGCUCUCAUGUUAGUCUUCCCUUCUCUGUGGGGCUCCGGACAGAGACAGACAGACAGAUCUGGGGCUAGGCUACCGCUCUCAUGUUAGUCAUCCCUUCUCUGUGGGGCUCCGGACAGAGACAGACAGACAGAUCUGGGGCUAGGCUACCGCUGUCAUGUUAGUCUUCCCUUCUCUGUGGGGCUCCGGACAGAGACAGACAGACAGAUCUGGGGCUAGGCUACCGCUCUCAUGUUAGUCUUCCCUUCUCUGUGGGGCUCCGGACAGAGACAGACAGACAGAUCUGGGGCUAGGCUACCGCUCUCAUGUUAGUCUUCCCUUCUCUGUGGGGCUCCGGACAGAGACAGACAGACAGAUCUGGGGCUAGGCUACCGCUCUCAUGUUAGUCUUCCCUUCUCUGUGGGGCUCCGGACAGAGACAGACAGACAGAUCUGGGGCUAGGCUACCGCUCUCAUGUUAGUCUUCCCUUCUCUGUGGUGCUCCGGACAGAGACAGACAGACAGAUCUGGGGCUAGGCUACCGCUCUCAUGUUAGUCUUCCCUUCUCUGUGGGGCUCCGGACAGAGACAGACAGACAGAUCUGGGGCUAGGCUACCGCUCUCAUGUUAGUCAUCCCUUCUCUGUGGGGCUCCGGACAGAGACAGACAGACAGACACAGCCCUCCUCGAUCUCAAUCUUGGGGUGACUUUGAAUAAUGCCCUAUUUGCACAACAAUGACCCAGUGAGGACAGAGGAGACAUCUGUGGGCCUAGAAAGAACCAUCAUCAGGAAAUCCCACUUUAAAUGGGGCCCCAAAUUUGAAACAAAACAGUUUGAAAUAAAACCAGCAAUGGGCCAUAUUCAAGCCUUUACAGAACAAGCCUAUUUAAGUGUUCCUAUGUUAACUACAAGACAGAUUUGACAUGGGAUUUCUCUAAAUUGGGUGGGAGUGGGAGUGGGAGUGGGAGUGGGAGUGGGUGUGGGAGUGGGAGUGGGUGUGGGAGUGGGUGU